UGAGCGUGAGUGUGUGAGCCGGGUUACUGUAGACUUGAGAACAGUUUGGAGAGAGCAGGGCGCGCCAGAGAGAGCGCGAGAGAGUGAGGGAGCGAGUGCGAGCAGAUCUAGAGGAGACAGGGCGAGAAAACAGGGCCCAAAGACCUACGGUUUGAGACUGAAUGACCAUGGCUGUCUCCGCACCUCCGGUGAUCUCUGCAACUUCCAGCGGUGCCGGCGUCCCAGGGGGCUUAUUUCGGGCAGAGACCUUGUACUCGACUCCCGGGGAGCCUCCCCGUCUCACCGCUAAUAUGAUCAACAGUUUCAUGGCCAAUAACCACAGCGGCAGCGCCGGGGGUGGCGGGAUCGGUGGACCCAGCGGAGGCAGCGGCAACACUAACACCAACGAGUGCAGGAUGGUCGACAUGCAUGGUGUGAAGGUGGCUUCGUUCCUGAUGGACGGUCAGGAACUGAUUUGCCUGCCUCAAGUCUUUGAUCUCUUCCUCAAGCACCUGGUGGGAGGGUUGCACACGGUGUACACCAAGCUGAAGAGACUGGACAUAUCCCCCGUGGUGUGUACUGUGGAGCAGGUCCGGAUCCUCCGCGGUCUGGGGGCCAUCCAGCCUGGGGUGAACCGCUGCAAACUUAUCACCAGAAAAGACUUCGAAACUUUGUUCACCGAUUGCACCAAUGCCAGUUCCAGGCCUGGCAGGCCUCCUAAGCGUUCUUUGGGAGUGUUGCAGGACAAUGCUCACCUUCUGCCCCAUUCAGUCCCCGGCCUUUUAUCACCAGGACUUAUCACUCCGACAGGUAUAACGGCUGCAGCAAUGGCUGAGGCAAUGAAACUGCAGAAGAUGAAACUUAUGGCAAUGAACACUCUUCAGGGAAAAGGAAACCAAAAUGGGACUGAAUCAGAGCCUGAUGAUCUUAAUUCUAAUACUGGUGGAAGUGAAUACUCCUGGGAUAAGGAUAAGAUGCAAUCUUCUCUUGCUGCUCCUGGACCCCAACAUGGACUUGCUCAUGCAGCCCUGGCUAGCCAGCCAAGUCUUGGGGGUGCUCCUACCCUCAAUCCACUGCAGCAGAACCAUUUACUGACCAAUAGACUGGAUCUGCCAUUUAUGAUGAUGCCUCAUCCCCUACUUCCAGUCAGCUUACCUCCUGCAUCAGUUGCCAUGGCAAUGAAUCAGAUGAACCAUCUUAAUACUAUUGCCAACAUGGCUGCUGCAGCCCAGAUUCACAGUCCACUCUCCAGAGCUGGGGCCUCUGUUAUAAAGGAACGGAUCCCAGAGAGUCCUUCUCCUGUUCCCUCUCUGGAAGAGAAUCAUCAUCCUGGGAGUCAGACUUCCUCCCACCCCAGCAGCAGUGUGUCCAGCUCUCCCUCUCAGAUGGAUCACCAUUCAGAGAGGAUGGAAGAAGUAUCAUUUCAAAUUCCAAUGAUGAAGUCACCCUUGGACAAGAUCCAACUGACUCCUGGGCAGGCAUUGCCUCCUGGAUUCCCUGGACCGUUCAUUUUUGCUGAUAGUCUGUCCUCCGUGGAGACUCUGUUGACCAACAUUCAGGGCCUACUGAAAGUGGCUUUGGAUAAUGCUCACAUCCAGGAGAAGCAGAUUCAACAAGAAAAAAAGGAACUGCGAAUGGAGCUCUACAGAGAGAGAGAAAUUAGAGAAAACCUUGAAAGACAGCUCGCAGUUGAGCUUCAAAGCAGAACUACCAUGCAAAAGCGUCUGAAGAAGGAGAAAAAAGCCAAGAGAAAAUUGCAGGAAGCCUUGGAAUUUGAAUCAAAGCGCCGGGAACAAGUGGAACAAGCACUUAGGCAAGCCACUACUAGUGACAGUGGCCUGAGGAUGUUGAAAGAUACUGGAAUUCCAGACAUUGAAAUAGACAACAAUGGGACUCCUCAUGAGAGUACUGGUAUGCAAGCCUGAACACUGAUGCCGGAACUCCAACUGAUCAUAGGCACGAAUAGAGAGGUAACUAUUACUGUUUAGCAAUGGCACAACAGUUUUAUUCAGCCUGAAAGGUCCCCGCUGGCUUUACAUAAAUGAAGAUGCUUGUGAUUCCAGUUUAUCUCUGAAACUAUUCGACAUGGAAUAAUUUCAAUUGUGUUUAUCAGCAAAGCUUUGUUUACUGAAGCAUCUAUUCAGUCUAUAUUACAUUAAAAUAGGAACAUGUGUACAGCUUAAAUGCAAUGAUGUAAACUUUGUCCUUGCAUUUGAUUGAUCAGUUUAAAAAUAUGAGCUAAAUCCUAAUGGGUAAAGUAACCUGACCAUAUGUGAUGCUUUUCUAUACUCACUUCAGCUUGGUUUUUUGUCUUUUAAGGAAAAAAAUGCAGUAGUGUGUUAGAGACUCGAAACAUACGUAUGGUUUCUCUGUUCUGACAUAUAUUAAGUUAAAGUGCACCUUCUUUGUUAAAAAUGUACUUGCUAAACUUCAGUAUAAAUAAAAACAUUUUGACUUUG